UAUUCUGGUUCUAUGGCCUUGCUCUUUAAUUUUUGUCCUUGUCCGCCCAUAUUUUGAUAUUUGACUCCACGAUCAACAUCCUGCAAAUUGCACCAGCCUUGGAUUUGCUGACGUGUCGGCUUCAUCUGCUCAUGCUCGAGCAGAACCAGAUAGCCCAACUGACAACAUGGCUGUAAAUGUAUCUCAUGUAUACAUUUUACUUGUAUUUAUUAAUAAUUUCAUAUCCAAUGCCGCCACCGAAAGGAGAUUCUCUGACUUCAAACGAUGUGCCGACGAGGAAUGCAGUCUGCUCCUGUGCCGGGGGAAAGCAUCAAGUGAUUUCACUGGACCAGACUGUCGGUUCCUGUCUUUUAAAAAAGGAGAGACGGUAUAUGUCUACUAUAAACUCUCAGGCAGAAGGACAGAUAUAUGGGCGGGGUCUGUUGGUAACCGCUUUGGUUACUUCCAUAAGGACCAACUCGCAAUCAAUCACAUAUACACCGAAAAAGAAUUGGAGAUUCCUGCUCAGGAAACCGACUUUGUUUGUUUCGACACCGGACACGAUAAGUUUGACAGUUAUGACAUUGAGUCACUGUUAGUCUCCUCCUUAUUGUUAACGGACCAAGACAAGUCUGUACAAGGAACCACAGAGACUUUAGACCGAAACAAAAGUGCAGAGAGCACCACAGUGGAAGUGGAAGAGCCUCCACCUGAAGUGACUCUGUUAGAAAACGAUGAGAUUGAUAGUGAUGUUCCUGAGGACAUUGAUAAGGUUUUAGAGGAGGUUUUAGAGGAGUUUCCAGAGGAUAAAGAUCCAGGCCUUUUUGAUCCUUUAGAGUCCUCUCUACCUCAGCCUGAAACUGUAAUUGAAGCUCUUGACGCAAAAGGAGUUGAAUCUAACACAGUAGUUGAGCCCAACACAGUAGUUGAGCGCACAGCUGAGAGGAUCAAAGAUGACCUUCAGAAAUAUCAGCUGAGGACCGAGGACUCUGUGCCGGACAGUGUUGUUGAACCAGAGCAAGGUGAGGCUAAAGAAAGCCUUUCAGAACCUCUAUCCAAAGAUGAUCCUGAGUUAGAGAAUGCACCAGAUGGUUUUUCAGAAGGCAGACCUGUCCCUGAGUUGAAAACUAUACUUGGAACAACUUUUGAUGCUGUCACCUCCGAUGACGAGGAAACUAGGAAAGUGACUCCAUAUGACGAGGAGGACGAGGGAAGUGACGAGGGAAGUGAAGAGUUUGAAUAUCAGCAGGAUGAGAAAAGUGAUUAUCAUCUUAGGGAAACUCCAUUGCUGGCUUUUUCUGAAGAACAUUCUAAUUUAGAACACAAGGACAUUCUGGAAUCUGAGCAGACAGAUGAGGAAGAGAGUCCACCAGAGACAGCUGAAAAACAGGACUCCAAGGACCUGUGGUCUUCAUUAGGUGAUACAGUUUUUAACAUUGUCAGUGGUGGGGAAAGAACAGCUCAUGUUACAGGUUCAGAGGAAGAGGAUGACGACGAGGAUGACGAAGGUGAGAUUGCACCAGAGGAGCCUCCCAAAAUUGAAGAACCCAAGGAGAAUAUACAGCUGCUAGCCAACGACCCAAAGCAGGAGCCAGAGGUAACAGAACAGCCACAUGAGGAACCUGUAGUUUCUAAUUUCCUUGAGGAGGCUGUCAAAAUGCCUGAUGUGGAAUCCCAGACUUUGCUGUUUGAGGAUGAACCUGAAGGUCACAUUGAACCUUCAACACCGCCUGCUGAUGAGGUGAUUCCUUUUGAACAUACUGAGGAGGCUUUAGCAGAGAAUCUUACAGUAAAUGAAAGCCCAGUCCCUAAACACGUCUCACAGACAGAAAUGCUCUCAGACUUUGAUAGUAAUACUAGCGACUCAGAACAGACGCAAGCUGUUGAAGAACUCCCCAUACAAAAAGAACCCAAGGAGAAUAUACAGCUGCUAGCCAACGACCCAAAGCAGGAGCCAGAGGUAACAGAACAGCCACACGAGGUCAUCUUUGAGGAACCUAUAGACUCUGAUUUCCUUGAGGCUGUCAAAAUGCCUGAUGUGGAUUCCCAGACUUUGCAGUUGGAGGAUGAACCUGAAGGUGACAUUGAACCUUCAAUACCGCUUGAUGAUGAGGUGAUUCCUUUUGAACAUACUGAGGAGGCUUUAGCAGAGAAUCUUACAGUAAAUGAAAGCCCAGUCCCUAAACACGUCUCACAGACUGAACUGCUCUCAGACUUUGAUAGUAAAACUAACGUAUCAGAGCAGAAACAAGCUAUUGAACUCCCUAUACAAAAAGAGUCAAGAGAUUUCUCACAAGUAGAGAAUAAAUUGAAACGAGGUGGUACAGAGCUUUUCAGACGAUUAAGAGGACCUAACGUCCCAGAUCCAACUAAAAACACAAUGGUUAAAGAGAGGCAUGAAGAACUCCCUGUAGACAAGGAGGAUUUGAUAGACCCAGAGAACUUGGAGAUUGAAGAAGAAUUGCUAGAGGAUGAAAAUGCAGCAUUGUCUUUUUCAUCCAAAACCGAGUACACUGAUGAGGACAAAGAAAGUAGAUUGGAAUUUGGGUCAGAGCAAUCCAAUAAUGCUACAGAAACUGAGGUUGUAUCUAGUGAUGAGUUGGAUGUUGUCCAAAUUGAGGAGGCUAUUGACAUAGAACCUGAGGAGCAUGACAUAGAAGAUUCAGAAAGCGCAGGCUUGGAUCAAACACAUACACCCUCACUUGAAGACAAAGUUCCGGAUCUCCUUUCAGGCCAAGAGCCAGAAUACAGUGAUAAUGUGUUGAGGCUGACGCUACUGCGCUCCCACUUCAAGGAAGAGGAUAUGGCGCGCUUCCAGAAGAUUCUGGGUCUUCAGAACCUCUUCAGGGUGGAGUUCUUGUUCUCUGACCUGGAGCAGGAGCUGAAUGCUGCCCUGAUGUCACAGACAAACACCAGUGAGGACAUUGAAAAGGUGCUGGAGGCCAUUUUGGAGGCCUCUGAGACUCCAAUCCUGGAUGAGAUUGAGAGUAUGCUGGAUGCCCGGGAGAAUGCUGAUGUACAGCAGGAGACUGAGUUAGAUGAGGAAGCCACCAUCUUGGACAACUUCCAAGAGUUGGCGUUCACCCUGCAUCAGAAGUACUCAACGACCAGCGACAGUUCUCCCUUGGCAGAGGACAGUCAACUACACCCUGACACCGAUGGGGACGUGUCUGAUGCAGAGGAAGAACAGACGUUCCCGCACUCUGUGGGGGACAUAAAAGAGGACAACCUCACUGUGACGGAGACGGGUGAAGAGACUAAGGCACCUGAGGAGAAGCCUGACCAUGAAGGCCACAACAGACCAGAUCUGGAUAUGGGUCUUGAGGAGGAUGUGGGGCAUUUUAACAGAAACCAAGACAAUCAGCCAGAAGAAAUCCAAAGGGGCCCUCAAGCUAUUUUGGAAAAUACCUUGGACAUGGGACUUGUUGACAUGGAGCACCCUUCCUCAGGCUCUUUGGAGUCGCCCCCUGUUUCUGAUUUCCAGGAAGAGGAGCAGAGUGGUUCAUCAUUCGUAUCGGUGUUAAUUUUCUCUGGUAGUCUAGUCACCCUGGUUUAUGAGUACCUUGGAAUAUAUGCUGUUAUGAUGGUCACCUGCCUGCCAGAGGAAUGGAAGCCAGGUCCAGACUUUUACGGCGUGUCCUGGGAACCCGUGCUGGUCACUGCAGGCGCCGGGUUCAUCGGCUUCCUCUUCCUCUUUUGGAGGAGCGUUCUAUCUGUCAAAAGGAAGUCCUAUCUAACUACUGAAAAAGAGAUGGCAGACAGGAUGAAAACAUUUGAACAAGAGAAGGAGGAGAUACUCCUAAAGGUUGCUGAACUGCAACAACAGGGUGAAGAACUCAAAGAAAAGAAAAGGCUGUCUGAGAAAUCGGCCACCUCAUCUCUGGAAAAGAUCCUAGAAUUAAAAAAUCUUGUGCAAGAGAUGGAGAGACAAAAUGAGUGCCUGGAUGAGGAAAAGAACUUGCUCGCCAGAUCCUUUGACGAAGAGCGGACAAAGACAGCGAAACAUCAAGAUAUGAUGUCAGAAAUGGACAAAACUAUUGAGAAGUUGAAGCGGAGCAGAAAGAAGACUCAGGAGGCUCUCUCAAAGGCUACCAUCCUGAUGGAAGAAGCCAAGCUCCGCGAAGAUGCACGCAAUGUCCAGCACCAGGUUCUGGAGAAGGAUAUCGCCACCCUGAGAGAGGAGAACAUCUCGCUGCACCAUGCUGCCAAUUUGUGGGAGGAGAAGCACAGGGAGAUGAGUGAGCAGAUCAAAGUCUACCAGAAGUCCCAGAAAGACCUGGAGGACUCCCUUGCUCAGAAGGACCACAACGUUGAGGUUUUGUCUGACCUCCUGGGAGACCUCGAGGCCUGCGACGACCUGAAAGGAGGCGUCGUGGCUAACGGGGAAGCCGCUAAUGACAAGCAGACCGUCAUCCGAAACCGCAUUAAGCAAAUGAUGGAUGUCACUCGGGUCCAGACCACUCUUUCUGUCGUGGAGGAAGAACGCGAUCGCUUCAUGACCAAGCUGCUGAACGAAGAGAAAGCCAGGAAAGAGCUGGAAGAACAAUACCAGAAGCUGGAGCAUGACAUCUUGUUGGUGAAAAGUGAUAAGAACCACCUGGAGAACCAGUACAAGACCCUGCAGCAGAAGAACGAGAUCAUCACAGAGAUGUACCAGCAGAAGGAGAACGCCUUGCAGCAGAAGCUAACCAAGGAGGAGUUUGAGCGUCGCAACAACGAGGACAGGCUGACUGAGGUGGACGGCAAGGCCCUGGAGGCCGAGGAGGAGGUCAAGGUGUGCAGGCAGCGUAUCAAGGAGAUCCAGGAUGAACUGAAACAGACUGAAAAGUCCUACAAAGCCCAGAUCAUUGAGCAGGAGCAGAAAUCCCAUGAGAACUGGGUGAUUGCACGCGCCGCAGAGCGAGCUUUGUUAGACGAGAAAAAGGAAUCAACUAACCUCCGUAUCAAACUGACGGAGAUGUCCAGCAAGCUGAAUGAGCUCCGUAGGCCUCUAUUCAAACCCACCCCUGGGAUGGCUCCCAUGCCACUCCGACGAGGUGACUCGUACGGGCCCUCGCCCGUGAGCGGAGGUGCCCCGUCCCCCCCUCUCAUGAUGGAGGGUCCUGGGCGACCCCCCUCUGCCCCUGUGGGGAGAAGGAACGAGCCCUACGGACCACGACCUCCAUCUGACCCUCACGGUCGUUACCCCCCUGACCACAAACACCCAGUGGCUGCUAGACCUGACGCCAUUGCACCACGGACAUCCUCUCCAAGCAGUCUGGACAGCUCGCAGACCGCUCCACCACAGUCACAGGCUGAGGCCCAGGCCUCCACAGAGAACCCAGAGGCAAACUCAGGACCUCGGGGCCCUGGCUCCCUCUUGGUCUCUCCUAUCAGCUCCCCCCCCGACUCAGGCCCCGGCCCCCUCAGCCAUCCCUCCGGACUCUGCUACCGUCCUCCUCCUGGCCCUGGGCCCCACCACAUCCCUCCUCCCCCACUCUUCAUGCCUCCCAUGUACCGACCAGCCAACGGACCUAACGGACAGCCAGGCAUGAUGCCUCCCGGACCCCCACCACCUAAUGGACACCCACCUGGUCCCAUGAUGCCACCCGGACAGCGGCCUCCACCUCCUGGUGCCUACGGCCCCUCACACCACCGGGGCCCUCCUCCACCUCACUAUGGACCAGUGCCUCCCCCAUUCGGUGUUCGCGGCGGCCCCCCUAUGGCCCGACCCAUGGGACCACCGCGUCCCUACAUGCACUACGCACCACGUGAUCACUCCAUCCCACCCCAGCACCUGCCCACAGGAGCGGCCCCAUACCCUCCUCACGGCGGCCCCAGAGACUUCCCUGGGCAGCCCCCCAUGCAGCAGGCCCCCCAUGGGCAUGACUCUUCUGUGGGUCCCCAGGGGCAAGACUACAGCUCCCAGCAGGCAGCAGCUACCCCCCAGCCCCAGGACUCAGUCAGCUCCUCCAUGGCAGAGCCUUAGACACCCACCAACUAUGUCAGAGGGCUUGGAUACCACCUGCUACCAUUAACAACCCGGCUAUGUCUAAUCAACCACGAUUUCUCUUUAUUUUUCCCUUUUCCUUUAGAUUUAAUUUGGAUGAAUUUUUAUAUAUAUAUAUAAUAUUAGUGCCAGUCAGAAGUUUGGACACCUACUCAUUCAAGGGUUUCAUUAUUUUUACUAUUUUCUACAUUGUAGAAUAAUAGUAAAUGCAUCAAAACAAUGAAAUAUCACAUAGGUAAUCAAGUAGUAACCAAUAAAGUGUUAAAAAAUCCAAAUAUAUUUUAGAUUCUUCAAAGUAGACACCCUUUGCCUUGAUGACAGCU